GCGGAACCUGCGGAGUGGCUGCCCGACGCCCGCGGCCGCGGAGAAAUCUGUAUUCCGCGCGCGCGCUCGGAGCCGUGCUGUGAUUAAAUUAGUCAUCCCUCAGAGACAGGCGUACUACCUCCCGUGUCCAGGCCUCACAGGCCCCGUUGCGCACUUGUAGUGGCCUCUUCACCUUCCCUGCUUUGUCCUCUGCUGCAUGGCCCAGAUAUGAGCGGCCCCUUAGAAGGGGCUGAAGGGGCAGGAGACCCCAGGCCCGGAGAACCUUUUUGUCCUGGAGGAGUCCCAUCCCCUGGGGCCCCGCAGCACCGGCCUUGUCCAGGCCCCGGCCUAGCUGAUGACACGGAUGCGAACAGCAAUGGCUCAAGUGGCAAUGAGUCCAAUGGACAUGAGUCCAGGGGGGCGUCUCAGCGGAGCUCCCAUAGCUCCUCUUCUGGCAACGGCAAGGACUCAGCCCUGCUGGAGACCACUGAGAGCAGCAAGAGCACAAACUCACACAGCCCAUCGCCACCCAGCAGUUCCAUUGCCUAUAGCCUUCUGAGCGCAAGCUCAGAGCAGGACAACCCGUCUACCAGUGGCUGCAGCAGUGAACAAUCAGCCCGAGCUAGGACCCAGAAAGAACUCAUGACUGCGCUCCGGGAGCUCAAACUUCGGCUGCCACCCGAGCGUCGGGGCAAGGGCCGCUCCGGGACCCUGGCCACCCUCCAGUAUGCCCUGGCCUGUGUCAAGCAGGUGCAGGCUAACCAGGAAUAUUACCAGCAGUGGAGUCUGGAGGAGGGUGAGCCUUGUGCCAUGGACAUGUCUACUUACACCCUGGAGGAACUGGAGCAUAUCACAUCCGAAUACACGCUUCGAAACCAGGAUACCUUCUCUGUGGCCGUGUCCUUCCUGACAGGCCGGAUUGUCUAUAUUUCGGAGCAGGCAGGUGUCCUGCUGCGUUGCAAGAGGGAAGUGUUUCGGGGUGCCCGCUUCUCAGAGCUCCUGGCUCCCCAGGAUGUGGGUGUCUUCUAUGGCUCCACUGCACCAUCUCGACUGCCCACCUGGGGCACUGGGGCCUCUGCAGGUUCAGGACUCAAGGACUUCACCCAGGAAAAGUCUGUCUUCUGCCGAAUCAGAGGAGGUCCUGACCGCAACCCGGGGCCUCGGUACCAGCCAUUCCGCCUAACCCCAUAUGUGACCAAGAUUCGGGUCUCAGAUGGGGCCCCUGCACAGCCAUGCUGCCUGCUCAUUGCUGAGCGCGUCCAUUCUGGUUAUGAAGCGCCCCGCAUCCCUCCAGACAAGAGGAUCUUCACCACACGCCACACACCCAGCUGCCUCUUCCAGGAUGUCGAUGAGAGGGCCGCCCCGCUGCUGGGCUACCUACCCCAGGAUCUCCUGGGGGCUCCGGUGCUCCUCUUCCUGCAUCCCGAGGACCGGCCCCUCAUGCUGGCCAUUCAUAAGAAGAUUCUGCAGUUGGCAGGCCAGCCCUUUGAUCAUUCCCCUAUUCGCUUCUGCGCUCGAAAUGGGGAAUAUGUCACCAUGGACACCAGCUGGGCCGGCUUUGUGCACCCCUGGAGCCGCAAGGUGGCUUUCGUGUUGGGCCGCCAUAAAGUACGCACGGCACCCCUGAACGAGGACGUCUUCACUCCCCCAGCCCCCAGCCCAGCUCUGUCUCUGGACUCUGAUAUACAGGAGCUCUCAGAGCAGAUCCAUCGCCUGCUACUGCAGCCUGUGCACAGCUCCAGCCCCACGGGGCUCUGUGGAGUUGGCCCUCUGAUGUCCCCUGGUCCUCUACACAGCCCUGGCUCCUCCAGUGACAGCAACGCGGGUGACGCCGAGGGGCCCGGGCCUCCUGCUCCAGUGACUUUCCAGCAGAUCUGUAAGGACGUACAUUUAGUGAAGCACCAGGGUCAGCAGCUCUUCAUUGAGUCCCGGGCCAAGCCUCCGCCCCGGCCCCGCCUCCUGGCUACUGCUACAUCCAAGGCCAAAGUCCUUCCCUGUCAGUCCUCAAACCCCGAACUGGAGGUGUCCCCUGUCCCUGACCAAGCACCUCUGGCAUUGGUCUCUGAGGAGCCAGAGAGGAAAGAAGCCUCUGGCUCUUCUUACCAGCAGAUCAACUGCCUGGACAGCAUCCUCAGGUAUUUGGAGAGCUGCAACAUUCCCAGUACAACCAAGCGUAAAUGUGCCUCCUCCUCUUCCUACACUGCCUCUUCAGCCUCUGAUGAUGACAAGCAGAGGGCGGGCCCAGCUCCUGGGGGGGCCAAGAAAGAUCCGUCGUCAGCAGUGCUGUCUGGGGAGGGGGCCGGUCCUCGGAAGGAGCCAGUGGUGGGAGGCACCCUGAGCCCGCUCGCCCUGGCCAAUAAGGCGGAGAGCGUGGUGUCCGUCACCAGUCAGUGUAGCUUCAGCUCCACCAUCGUCCAUGUGGGAGACAAGAAGCCCCCGGAGUCGGACAUCAACAUGAUGGAAGACCUGCCUGGCGUUGCCCCUGGCCCAGCGCCGAGUCCCGCCCCCAGCCCCACCGUGGCCCCUGACCCAGAGGCUUAUCGCCCAGUGGGUCUGACCAAGGCUGUGCUGUCCCUGCACACACAGAAGGAAGAGCAAGCCUUCCUCAGCCGCUUCAAAGACCUGGGCAGGCUCCGCGGACUUGACAACUCUUCUGUGGCCCCCUCAGCCCCUGGCGAGCGAGGCUGCCACCAUGGUCCCAUGCCCCCUGGUCGCCGACACCACUGCCGAUCUAAAGCAAAGCGUUCGCGCCACCACCAGACCCCCCGGCCCGAAACUCCCUGCUAUGUGUCCCACUCUUCACCUGUGCCCUCUUCUGCACCCUGGCCCCCGCCCCCAGCAACUACCCCCUUCCCAGCAGUGGUCCAGCCCUACCCACUCCCAGUGUUUUCUCCUCGAGGAGGACCCCAGCCUCUUCCCCCUGCCCCCGCAUCUGUAACCCCGGCUACUUUUCCUUCUCCUCUAGUAACCCCAAUGGUGGCCUUGGUGCUUCCUAACUACCUAUUCCCUACGCCAGCCAGCUAUCCAUAUGGGGUGUCCCAGGCCCCUGUUGAGGGCUCACCCACACCCGCUUCCCAUUCACCUUCUCCAUCCCUGCCCCUGCUGCCCUCCAGCCCCCCCCACCGCCCAGACUCCCCGCUGUUCAACUCAAGAUGCAGUUCCCCACUCCAGCUCAAUCUGCUGCAGCUUGAGGAGUCCCCCCGCAAUGAGGGGGCUGCUGCAGGGGGCCCCGGGAGCAGUGCGGGGCCCCUGCCUCCCAGUGAGGAGGCCGCUGAGCCAGAGGCCAGACUGGUGGAGGUAACCGAGUCCUCCAACCAGGAUGCACUGUCGGGCUCCAGCGACCUGCUGGAGCUCCUGCUGCAGGAGGACUCUCGCUCGGGCACGGGCUCCGCAGCCUCUGGCUCCUUGGGCUCUGGCUUGGGCUCUGGGUCCGGCUCAGGAUCCCACGAAGGGGGGAGCACCUCAGCCAGCCUGACUCGCAGCAGUCAGAGCAGCCACACAAGCAAGUACUUUGGCAGUGUCGACUCCUCAGAGGCCGAGGCUGGGGCUGCCCAGGCCAGGGCUGAGCCUGGAGACCAGGUCAUCAAGUAUGUGCUCCAGGAUCCCAUCUGGCUGCUCAUGGCCAACGCUGACCAGCAUGUCAUGAUGACAUACCAGGUGCCGCCCAGGGACUCAGCGUCUGUGCUGAAGCAAGACCGGGAGAGGCUCCGGGCCAUGCAGAAGCAACAGCCACGCUUCUCAGAGGACCAGCGGCGGGAAUUGGGUGCUGUGCACUCCUGGGUCCGGAAGGGCCAGCUCCCUCGGGCCCUUGAUGUGAUGGCCUGUGUGGACUGCGGUAGCAGCGUUCAAGAUCCUGGCCACUCCGAUGACCCGCUCUUCUCAGAACUGGAUGGACUGGGGCUGGAGCCCAUGGAAGAGGGUGGAGGCGAGGGGGGAGGGAGUGGGGGUGAUGGUGGGGAGGAGGCCCAGACCCAGACGGAGGCUAAGGGCUCAAGCUCUCAGGACUCUGCCAUGGAGGAAGAAGAACAAGGUGGAAGCCCAUCCAGCCCAGCUUUACCUGCAGAACAAAAUGGCGCCAGCUAGACUCCAUUUUGGGGCCACGUGCAGCAGUCUGUGGGAGGCUUCCUUUCAACCAUGUUGGGGUUCUUAGAACUCAAGAUGUGGCUGGACCAAACGACAGGACCCUGCCCCAGCUUCUCCCAACAUCGGGGGCAGGACCCCCAUUACAGUUCAGGACCUGGGAGCUGCCUCUGGCCUCUUAGCAGAGGGUGGAAGUUUCCAGCCUAAUAUGGAGGGUUGUCAGCUCCCACCAUGCGGAGACUUUUCCUUGUAUGGUUAAGGCUGCUGACAAGCUGCUGACGUGGUCUCUCCAAAUCCCAGCUGAGCCCGAGUCCCAGUCAGAGAGUUGGGGCUGCACUUAUUUAUCGGGGGAGACAGCUCCCUGCCCCACCUCAUCCUGAGAUGGGGGAGGGGAGCUGGGGUCCGCGGGAUCCAGGGGUCCUGCGCCCCCGGCUGCUCCAGGGGGAGGUUGGUGGACCAUGGAGUCCCUGGUGCUGCCCCUCAGGUGGGACCCAGGUGUUCUCAGCUCUACCCUCUACCAGUGGUAUUUGUGUUUUUGAUAUUGUGUCUGUUAUUUUUUUUAAAUACAAAAUGAAAAACCAAGAA